GUGAAAAUCUCUCAACCCCUGAUGACGAUGAAAGAGAUGGGGACUUUUGAACCUUUGUCUGAGAUAGCACGUAUUGAUACAGAGAAGAAUAUAUCAGUGGUGCAAAAGAAACAAGCAGGGAGCAAUGGAGGGACCGACGUCGAUGUUCAGAGCAAUGUGGAGCCUCCAGUGGAAAUUUCGCUACCACAGACUUGGUCCAAACCUCGCAAAUGGUGCACUGUUCUCAUCAUAGGUCUACUCUCUCUUAUGGUGUACGUUUAUCUCCUUGUUUUGCAGAACAUUUGGGUACUAAUUGUCUAUAGUGCUAUUGCGCUUGUGAUCAAUGCCCCCGUGAGUGAUGCCAUAUCCGGUGAAUUCGAUAACCACAGCGGCUUCCUUUCCGUAUUUUAUAUCACCGUUCCCAAUCUUGGUCAGGUUCUCGGCGCUCUCUACGUCGGACCUUCGUCGGAACGCUUCGGAAGGGUGCCUAUCAUCCACGGCUUUACUGCUCUAUGGUUGAUCUUCACAAUGGUCGGUGGAUUCAGCACCAGCAUCGCUCAAAUCAUAGCAUUCAGAUUUUUGACCGGAGCAACCAUCUCUUCUAUCAACUUGAACCCCGCCAUUGCGGGUGAUUUAUUCGCGCCAACAGAGAGAGGAGUUGCAUUGUCAAUUGCUGGCAUAAUGCCCCUCGCUGGCAGCGCGAUUGGCCCUAUUAUCGGCCCACGACCAAAAUGUUGAGCCCAGCGGUGUGCUUCGAAAAGCGAAUUGGUCUUCAGUCAAAGCGCUUUUUCUUUUCGUCCUCCGACCUUUUAUCACCCUAAAUCGCUCCAAAAUCGCCGUGUUGAUGGGCUUUUAUAUGGCCUUUUGUUUUGGCUACUUGUCCGUAGUAAGCUCAACAAAUGCUACCGUUAUUCAACAAGUUUAUCACUUCAGUGAAGGAUCGUCAGGCUUGAUUUACUUGUCUCCAAGCGAGUGUCUGCUCCUAAGUCUCAGAUCAAACGUGCGGUAACUGUCAGAAUGCUAAUUCGGGCAUCUUUCUAUUAGCCCUCGGGACCUUGGCCGGUAGCCUAUACUGCGGUUUUACGCUCGAUCACUUCCUCGUGAAGGGCUUGCCGUACACGAAGACAGAUGUGAGCAGUCCACGUUCGGAAAACAGGCUGAUCCCAACCAUCCCAGUUUUUAUUAUAUAUCCCGUCGGACUGCUAGUAUAUGGGUGGUCUGUCCAUGAGCGUAUACACUUCAUCGUCCCUAUCUUCGCCACAUUUCUUUAUGGAUUUUCGCUUACAGCCGCCUCUAUUCCUGUCAUGAGCUACAUCGUGGACAUCUUUGGCGACUUCUCCGCUUCGGCAGUCGGGGCAAUAUUUCUGCUUCGCUACCUGCCUGGUGCAUUUUUCCCCAUCGCGACGCCGUACAUGUAUGCAGCGAUAGGUUACGGAUGGUCAAACACUAUCAUGGCACUGAUUUUGAGUCUGUUUGCGCCAAUAAUAUUUCUAGUUAUCAUUAAGUCUCCAAGUACCAAUGCGGGAUCUGAGGAAG